CUCAGCUAAUCAAGAGCAACGAGCCAGGCACCUCCAGCUGCAUUACUUGUUCUUGUCUGUACAAUGGCGAACGCCGCCCUGCUUGUCCUCAUCACCGUGCUGGCCACUACCAGCGGCAUCGCUUCAGCCACGGUGGGCAGCCGCGGAACCCAACGACCGUCGGCAAGGAGGAGCCGAUUUCUGCUUGUUGUCCACCCACCUCUACCGGCGCACGAGUGCUCGAAGAAGUCGGCUGAAGCAUGCGUCGCAACGAGGACGACGUGCUGCAGCGGCCAAUGUGUGGACACCGCCGCCGGCGCCCAGCACUGCGGCGGCUGCAACAAGGCGUGCAAGCACGGCCGGACGUGCUGCAGCGGGAGCUGCGUAGAUCUGCUCUCCGACAAAAGAAACUGUGGCACCUGCUCUAAGAAGUGCAACAAGUGUAGCUACGGCUUCUGUGACUACGCACAGUAAUUAAUCGAGCA